AUGGAAGCUGACAAAGGGGCAAUACGAGUGGACUCUCUGUGCCCUUACCAAAGCAAAAAGACAGAUACUGUUUUCUUCUUUAUUUACACCAUCCAGCUUGCAAGUGCUGCUGUUCUCUUUCUCCUAACAGGAUUAUUCCUUUUCCUGCCGUGUUUGGACACCUACCACAAAAUAGACCUUCGCCUCAAAACCUUGGAGAUCCCUUUCUAUGAGACCAUAACCAAGGACAUGGCAAGUCUAGAAAUAGAUACCAUCUGUUACUACCGAAUGGAGAAUGCCACACUCGUCACGACCACCCUCGCCAACCACUCGAAGGCAAUCCAGCUGCUCGUGCAGACCAUCGCAAAGCGCUUUCUGGCACAGCGGUCGCUCACAGAUAUCCUGAUGGAGAGGAAGAGCAUCAGCCAGGAGAUAAAGGUGGCUGUGGACGCCAUCACCUGUCAGUGGGGGAUCAAGGUGGAAAGGACAGAAAUUAAAGAUGUGCGGUUGCCAACGGAGCUUCCGGAGUCACUGGCUGCACAAGCCGAAGCCCAGAGACAGGCCAAAGUGAGGGUCAUAGCUGCUGAAGGAGAAAAGGCUGCUUCCGAAUUGCUGAAGGUGGCAGCAGAGGUGCUUUCCCACACACCAGCCGCCCUCCAGCUCCGCUACCUUCACAUGCUGCAAAGCCUGUCUGCAGAGAAGCCAUCCACCUUUAUUCUUCCUUUCCCCCUUGACCUCAUGAAUCCUUCAUCAGGAGACAACAUGAAAUCCACAGGCUGCAACCGCUCUUCAGAUGUCGCCAGCAACCCAGAGGCUCCAAAGGCAAAGGAUUCCCCCAUGUUGUAGUACUAAGCCAGGUGAAGCAUCUACGCCUCUCUGUGCAGCUCCUCAGGCCAUAACCCACUGCCUAGUCCAUAAUUCAUACCCACCUGCUUUGCACCCCCUGAAGUGUUUCUGCCUGGCUGAAAUGUGCCCUUGAACUCACCUGGAUGGAGGGUGAGAGAGGGGAUGUUAGUCUGUGUAGGGGAU